CUCGUCGAUUCCCUCUUGGAGUGGGGACGGCGAGGUCGCAGCCCAUUCAUGUACCAGACCCUGCUGACCGUGGGGGCGGCUGUCCUUGCCCAGAUGGCGCCCGGUCACAUGGACGAGGUCCGCAUGCACCGGCUGUUCGAAAUGGCUUACAUGGACCACGUGUCACCGAUGUACUACGCCUGGCCAGUGUCCACAGCUUCCUGCUUGUCAUUCGUGCUGCCCAGCGCGUCUGCGGCCAACCUCAUGGUCUACCACUAUUCCGACCUGCUGUUCACGGACAUGGUGAUUCCUUCUCUGCUAAAUCUCGCUGCCAGCGUAGUGACCUGCCUGUGUUGGUACCAGGUCAUGUUCUCCGGGACUUUCGCACAAGCAGCGAUACCGCACCUGCCGACGAACAAGACCCACGCCAUCCUGUAUAUCGAUCAGUGACGAGAAAUAUUAUGAAGAAUAUACGCCAUUAUUGAUAAACCUUUAGUUUUUAAUGGUGUUACCAUAAGAGGCGCAGUGCUUGGAACCUGCUUCAUCUCAGACACGCGUCUCUCCGGCGAUAGCGCAUCUGAACACACUGUAUUAUCU